AUGCGUCCGACAGCAUUGAUACCGGUCAUCUUUGGCCUCGCGGCCUUUGUGUUGACAAUGCUCUGUAUAUUCGCUGGAAGUAAGAAGGAUUUUAUGCAAGAAUACGCAAUCGUCACUCUCAACACAUCUCGCAUUGGCACAAACGUCUUCAACACAACUUCCUCGACAGACUCCGACUCCAACAUCUUCGAAUCUAUCUGGGACAAUGUAACCAACAGCAUCGAAAGCAGCUUGAAUGACAAAAUCAACUCCUUCGCCCAAGACCUAGGUCUUCACGACUUCUACUCUGCACAUCUCCUCGACUAUUGCAGUGGCUACUACACCCCAACCGAUCUACCCAACGCCACAUUCUCCAAAUCAGACAUCGAGCAAAACAUCACGUACUGCAGCAACCGCACUUCUUUCUUCCGAUUCAAUCCUACCACAGCGCUGGAGCAGGAGUUGAGCAAGACUGGCUUGAACAUCACCCUAGAAGAUCUACACUGGCCUGAAGCUGUCAACGAUGGCGUCCACGCUCUGCGCGUGGCACAAAAAGCUGCAUUCUUGCUGUAUUGCAUAGCCGCUGGUCUACUCCUCCUUGCUACCUUUGCAUCACUGGUUUCUUUCUUCUUCGACGGUCGCCUGUCUGCUUUUGUGGAUAUAUCGUUGUGGUUCUUGGCUUUCCUUGCCAUCGCGUUAGCAUCGGCUAUCACGACUGCUGUGGCUGUCAAGGCUAGUUCGGUCAUCAACAAACACGGUAAAGAUAUCGGAGUACAAGCGCAGAGGGGAAACAAAUUCAUGGCUUUGACAUGGGUGGCUACGGCAUUGGCAUUCUUGAGUGUGUUUGUUUGGGUGUUUGAAUGCUUGAGGGGAAGAAGACGGGAGAAG